ACAGGGAAGGAAAAGUGACCCCUCAUUUUGAUAUAGACCGCCAGCUUUAAUACAAUACCUACCUUUUUGCAAACAAUCUCUCACUCUCUUCUCUUUGGAAAGACACGAACAAACACAGGAGCGGAGCUAAAUAUUUUAGACAGAGAGAGAGAAAGAAUGAGCUAUAGUUUUCUUUAUCUUUAGAAAAAAGGAUACACAGAGAGAGAGAGAGAGUAAUUGCCACCUGGCGAUCUCAGUGUCGGAGUAGCAGGUGCUGAAGUAACAGACGGCGGAUCCACUAGUUGCCACGCUACGCCAAACGCUUUUCAAAUACUCUCUCUAUCAUUUACCAACCAAUAUCAAUAUCAAUAUCUAAACCAAACUUUAUUUUAUAUAUAUAUAUUAUUAUUAUUAUUAUUAUUACUAUUACUGUAGAGAAGGAGAAGUAGGAAUCCCGAUAAAUCGGGUCCUAUUUUUAUUAAUGCUUUCGGUGGGACUCGAAUUCGGGAUCGUAAUUAUUGGAUCAAAUCCAAUUCCAUUUCCAAAUCAAAACCCUAGCUUAGCUUAGCUUAGAUAAACUUUAAGGAUUGCUUUGAAGCUUGUUGGAUUGAAGUUUAAGAUCUUUGCAGCUUUUACGCUUUGGUUGUUGUUUGGAGCUCAAGGAAGUUUAGCUUAUUUAAUUUUGUUUUUUUGUUUUGGGGAAGAAAAUUUGGGGAACUCCAUUGAUUUUUUUUUGGAUUCGGAUUUGUGUGUAUUAUAGAGAGAAUUAGUCGACAUGGUUAGCGGGAAUUUGUUUCACUGUAGAAAAAAUUCAUGGCCGCCCGAGGAAUAUAUCAGCAGAACCACUUUGCAAUUGUUUGAUUUUGAUAGUGCUGCCCCUCCAGAACAAGCCUGGAGAAGGAGAUUAAACAGCCAUGCUAAUAUUCUUAAAGAAUUUAGUGUCACAUUUACAGAAGCAAUAAAGAUGGUUCGGUUGGGUAUACGUUUGUGGUCAUAUAUUAGGGAAGAGGCUUCUCAUGGAAGGAAAGCACCUAUUGAUCCUUUCACCCGAGAAAGUUGUAAGCCAUCAGCAACUCAAGGGGUUCCGCUCGGGGGGAUGGGAAGUGGCAGCAUAUCUAGAGGUUUUAGAGGCGAGUUUAGGCAAUGGCAAAUUAUUCCUGGUAUAUGUGAAGCUUCUCCUGUCAUGGCCAAUCAAUUCUCUAUUUUUAUAUCAAGAGAUGGUGGAAACAAAAAUUUUGCUUCCGUUUUGGCUCCAGGCCAACAUGAGGGGCUGGGGAAAGCUGGUGAUCAGGGUAUAUCAUCAUGGGGCUGGAAUCUGAGUGGCCAGCAUUCUACAUACCAUGCUCUGUUUCCUAGGGCAUGGACAAUAUAUGAUGGUGAACCGGACCCAGAGCUGAAAAUAUCUUGUCGACAAAUAUCACCCUUCAUACCACAUAAUUAUAGAGAGAGCAGUCUUCCUACUGCUGUUUUUGUUUACACGUUAGUUAACACUGGCCGGGAAAGGGCUAAAGUCAGCCUUCUCUUUUCAUGGGCGAAUUCAAUUGGUGGAAUCUCACAAUUGUCAGGAGAUCAUGUGAAUGAACCAUUUAUUGGCGAAGAUGGAGUCUCUGGUGUACUUCUUCAUCACAAGACCGCAAAAGGGAACCCUCCUGUUACUUUUGCAAUAGCUGCAUGUGAAACUCAGAACGUAAGUGUGACUGUUCUUCCAUGUUUUGGGCUGUCUGAAGGAAGUCGCGUUACGGCAAAGGACAUGUGGGGUAGAAUGGUUAAGGAUGGGCAAUUUGAUCGAGAGAACUUCAAUUCUGGACCAAGCAUUCCCUCUUCGCCUGGAGAGACAGCCUGCGCUGCAGUUUCUGCCUCUGCAUGGGUGGAACCUCAUGGGAAGUGCACUGUUGCCUUUGCUCUUGCAUGGUCAUCUCCAAAAGUAAAAUUUUUGAAGGGCAGCUCAUACCAUAGGAGGUACACAAAAUUUUAUGGCACAUCUGAAAGGGCCGCCCAGGACUUGGUGCAUGAUGCUCUAACUAAUUAUAAGCGGUGGGAAGAGGAUAUAGAGAUUUGGCAAAAUCCUAUCCUGAAUGAUCCAAGGCUACCAGAGUGGUAUAAGUUCACAUUAUUUAAUGAGCUGUACUUCCUUGUUGCUGGCGGAACAGUUUGGAUUGAUUCUGAAUCAUCAACUUCAAACAUGAGAAAUGAUCAGCAUCAAUUGGUAGAAGUGGAAAACACAGAAGUCAAAGUGACUGAUGCCAAGGGGGAUGGCAGACAAGAUGCAGUUAUUGAGCAUACUACAGAUAGUUCAGGAGUGAAAGACAAAGAUGAAGCAGCGAUUGCAAAUUGUUCCAGCAAAAAUGAGUCUGUGGUUGCUCUGAAAAAGAGAUACUCCAACUGCUCUUUGCAUCCCUUCAAAAUGCUGGACCCGCAAAAUGAAAAUGAUGAUGUUGGAAGGUUUUUGUACUUGGAAGGAGUGGAAUACAUCAUGUGGUGCACAUAUGAUGUGCACUUCUAUGCUUCAUUUGCACUUCUUGAGCUGUUUCCCAAGAUUGAACUCAAUAUACAGCGUGAUUUUGCGAAAGCUGUCUUAUCUGAGGAUGGAAGAAAAGUAAAGUUUCUGGCAGAGGGAAAUUGUGGAAUUCGUAAGGUUAGAGGAGCUGUUCCACAUGAUCUGGGAACACAUGAUCCGUGGAAUGAGAUGAAUGCAUAUAAUAUUCAUGAUACAAGCAAAUGGAAGGAUCUGAAUCCGAAGUUUGUGCUUCAGGUGUAUAGAGACUUUGCUGCAACAGGGGAUAUGUCAUUUGGAGUUGAUGUUUGGCCUGCUGUUCGUACUGCCAUGGAAUACAUGGAACAGUUUGAUAAGGACAAUGAUGGUCUCAUUGAGAAUGAUGGGUUCCCUGAUCAAACAUAUGAUGCUUGGACAGUUCAUGGUGUGAGUGCUUACUGUGGAUGCUUGUGGCUUUCCGCACUCCAAGCUGCAGCUGCAAUGGCCUUUGAACUCGGGGACCGAAGUUUUGCUGAAAAGUGCAAGAGAAACUUUUUGAGGGCCAAACAAUCAUUUGAGGAAAAAUUAUGGAAUGGUUCUUAUUUUAACUAUGAUAGUGGGUCAAGUAGCAAUAGUAAAUCUAUACAAGCUGAUCAACUGGCAGGGCAAUGGUAUACAGCAUCCUCAGGCUUGCCUUCACUCUUUGAUGAUUUCAAAAUCAAAAGUGCUCUCAUGAAAAUCUAUGAUUACAAUGUAAUGAAAGUUAAAGGAGGCAGAAUGGGUGCUGUAAAUGGGAUGCAUCCCAAUGGUAAGGUGGACGAGUCUUGCAUGCAGUCACGUGAAAUAUGGUCUGGUGUCACCUAUGGUGUGGCAGCUACAAUGAUCCUAGCUGGAAUGGAGGAGGAGGCCUUUACAACUGCUGAAGGUAUUUUUAUUGCAGGAUGGUCAGAAGAAGGAUACGGAUAUUGGUUCCAGACUCCAGAGGGAUGGACAAUUGAUGGGCACUUCCGAUCUCUUAUAUACAUGAGGCCACUCUCAAUUUGGGGUAUGCAAUAUGCGUUAUCACUGCCCAAGGCAAUUCUUGAGGCCCCGAAGAUCAAUGUAAUGGACAGAAUUGACAUAUCUCCUGGUAGUGGAAAAUCCUCUCAUAACGAAACAGGUGUUAGAAAGAUAGCAAAGAAAGCAAGUUGCCUUGGAAAUUCUGUGUUUCACUGUGCUUGCUAAUUGUAGCAUGUAAGUUCCAUCAUCAAUGUAAAGAAUUGUUUAUUAAAUCUUUUCUUUUUAUUUAUAAUUUUAAUUGCUUCCUCAAA